AUGAGCUCGUCACCCAAUAGGACGUACGCAGAUGCAAUCGAUGCCCUCAACAACUUACAGACGCCGUUCGCGAUUAUCGAGGCACGGCGCAGAGCCGGCGUCCGGCCUGAUGAGAGCAGCAUCCGAGAAAUGAAGGCCUACUGGGCGCGCCUGGGCCACACUCCAGAAGACCUCAACCGUCUCAACGUGAUCCACGUAGCCGGCACCAAAGGCAAGGGUAGCGUCUGCGCCUUUGUAGCAUCCAUCCUCUCCCACCACCAGCGCACCCACGCGCGGCCCUCCAGAAUCGGCCUGCUCACCAGCCCGCACCUCAUUGCCGUCCGCGAGCGCAUUCGCCUCGACGGCGCACCCAUCUCGGAGGCCCUCUUCGCAAGGUACUUUUUCGAGGUCUACGCGCGCUACCUAACCCUUCUGGCCUUCCACGUGUUUCUGCGCGAGGGCGUCGACGCGGCGGUCAUCGAGACCGGGGUGGGCGGUGAGUAUGAUGCCACGAACGUGGUCGAGAGGCCGGUGUGCACGGGGAUCAGCACGCUGGGCAUCGAUCACGUGUUUGUCCUGGGGGACAUGGUGGACAAGAUUGCGUGGCACAAGGCCGGCAUCAUGAAGACUGGGUGUCGGGCGUUUGCCGUCGAGCAGGUUGCUUUUCCGAGUGCCGAGGAGGUGCUGAGGCACAGGGCGGCGGAGAAGGGGGUCGAGCUGAGGGUGGUGGGUGUGGAUCCGAGGUUGAAGGAGGGGAAUGUCAGGGUCAGGCCGGACGCGGCGUUCCAGAGGCGCAAUGUCAGUCUGGCUAUUGCGCUGGCGGAGACGGCGCUGGAGAGGGUUGAUCCGGAUGGUUUCACGAGGAGCGAGGGCGCCUUGCCGGUCGAGUUCAAGGAUGCCAUCGAACAGGUCAACUGGAGGGGGAGAUGUGAGGUGAAGGAGGAGGGUCGGAUCAGGUGGUGUAUUGAUGGGGCUCAUACCACGGAUAGUCUCAAGGUGGCGGCCAGGUGGUUCAAGGAUGAGUGUGCGGGCAGGUCGGGCCCGAGGCUUCUAAUCUUCAACCAGCAGGGCAGGGUGGAGGCCAUUGACUUUCUGGAUGGGCUUCACUCGGGCGCCCAGAUGGAUGGCGGGUCGUCAUUUGAGCAUGUCAUGUUCUGCACAAACGUUACAUACGCGACAACAGGCUACAAGCGAGAUUUUGUCAACCAUCAGUAUGACCCGGAAGCUAUCAAGAAGUUGACGGUACAGCAUCGCUUUGCUGAACGGUGGGCAGAGCUUGAUCCAAAGGCAAACGUCACUGUCGUUCCCAGCAUCGAAGAGACCAUCAAUAACGCCCGCAGCCUGGCUCAGUCAUUGAAGGAAGGGGAGACAGUGCAGGUCUUCAUCACUGGCAGUCUCCAUCUGGUAGGAGGUGCCUUGGGUAUAUUAGAAGGGGCUGAUACUCUCUGA